GUCCUCCUUCCUCGAUCUCUCUACGCCUUUCUUCAGUCAAGAAUCUGAAGCCUGGAAAGGAGCAUAAAUUUCUUGCAACGACUUGGAAGUUGGAGUGUUGGAGGUUGGCAAGCUGUGUUGCAAGCCGAGGUUGUCGAAAAGCAUCGGGCGUCUGACAGCCAUGGCUGCUGCUGAGGAUGUCGAAGAUCAGCUGUUGCAGCAAGUGGAUAAGCAGGGCGAGAUUGAGGACUCCAGAAAGUUUGCUGAGUCUAUUGGGGUGAACCAUGACAAGGUGCUGGGGGACACCAUCAAGAGCUUGCUUGCUUACGAGCUGAUCACAACAAAGACGGUGGCGCACACCCGUUGGGAGCUGACUGCAGAAGGCCAGCAGUAUGCGAAGGAUGGGACUCCGGAGGCGCAGCUUUUCCAUGCAGUUCCGGAGCAAGGGACAAUCUCCAGGGAGGAGAUUGAGGCCAAGCUGAACAAGGAUCUGGUGACCAUUGGCUUCAACCGAGCAAUGAAAGAGCGGUGGCUAGAGGUGGAAAAGGAGAAGAAACCGGAGGGAGCCCCUGAGGAGAAGAAGGAAGCGAAGAAGGAGAAAGGGGCAAAGGCUCCCCCCAAGCCACAGAUCGUCAAGCGGAAAGUCGCCACGAUUGACGACAUCGUACAGAAGCAGCUGCAAUCUGUUGCGGAGGGAAAGGAACUUUCGGAGAAGGACCUGAAAGCGCUCCAGUCGCGGAAGCUCGUCGAAUUGGUGACAUUCAAGAGCUUCGUGAUCAGCAAGGGCCCCAAGUUUGCGCUGAAGCGGACCAAGGCGCUGACUGACAUGACCAAAGAGAUGAUGGACAGCAAGGCGUGGAAAGGUGCCACUUUCAAGGACUACAACUUCGCCGCUCUCGGCCUCCCCCCUUCCGGAGGCUCCCUUCACCCCCUCCUCAAAGUACGAGCCCAGUUUCGGAAGAUCUUCCUUCAAAUGGGAUUCGAGGAGAUGCCAACGAACAACUUCGUCGAAAGCAGCUUCUGGAACUUCGACGCCCUCUUCCAACCUCAACAGCAUCCCGCCAGGGACUCGCACGACACCUUCUUCUUAAAAGCCCCUGAGAAGUGCCGGUCAGUACCGGAGGAUUACAUGAAGCGCGUGAAAGAGAUGCACGAACACGGAGGGGGUGGCUCCCUUGGGUACGGCUACGAUUGGCAGUACUCGGAAGCUGCUAAGAACUUGCUGCGCACGCACACGACCGCCGUCUCCUCCCGGAUGCUCUACAAGCUCGCGCAGGACGGCUUCAAGCCUAAAAAGUACUUCUCAAUAGACCGCGUGUUCCGAAACGAAGCCGUCGACCGGACGCAUCUGGCGGAGUUCCACCAGAUCGAGGGGCUCAUCUGCGACCGGGGAGUCACGCUAGGCGACCUUCUAGGGACCAUAGAACAGUUCUUCAGCCGGCUAGGAAUGAACGAGAUUCGCUUCAAGCCCGCAUUCAACCCCUACACGGAACCAUCCGCCGAGAUCUUCGGGUACCACCCGCAGCUGAAGAAGUGGGUCGAGCUGGGGAACAGCGGGAUGUUCCGGCCCGAGAUGCUGCAGCCAAUGGGCCUUCCCCCGGACGUCAACGUCAUUGCGUGGGGCUUUGGCCUUGAAAGGCCGACCAUGAUCCUCUACAACAUCGACAACAUCCGGGACCUUUUCGGACAUAAGGUAAACCUGAACGUGAUCCGCUCCAAUCCAAUCUGCCGGUUAGGCUACUAGUAUUGCGGCUUCUAAGGGAGAUAAGCCGGGGUCAGGAAAGAAGGGUUGUCUAUGCUGAAUCAGGAGCAGAACGACAGAGUCUUAUGCUACUGCUGAAGCUACAAGUUUCGCUACGAGGUGUCUCAGAAUGCCAUGCGCAGCCGUCGAGAGCUUGCCGAGUUCAGGGUUUCACUGGCGGUAGGCAAUAAACCAGGACCGACGAGUCUUGCAAAGGUCAAUGCAUUGGUACGUGCUCGUCGGCUUGGAGUGUACGGCUGUUCAAAGAUCGAUCAAUCGGACUCACCUUCGUUUGAAGGCCAAUGAAAGUCGGCCAUUGUUUGUUUCAAUGCGCAUGCGGCUCCAAUGCGAGCAUGUCACCACACAGGGUACUAAGUAAGUAUGUUCCGAGGUUCAAUGGAUAUUGGCUCAGUUGAAGAUUGGGCGAGGAAAAGCCUGGCAGU